AUCUUUGAAGCACUUCUUAUUAACACUCUGCGACGAAGUAUCUAACACUUGAAGUUGUCAUAUGGUUAGCCAUUUCCCCGAAGAAGAACGUUGCCACUUUCUCUACAUCCCUCAAUUUGGUUUAAAAAGCCGCGAACCGCUGGUCAAAUUAUCAGUUUUACUUGCGCCUACAUCAAGUGAAAAUCCAAAACCAUGAAAACUACCGGAAUCAUUUUUGUGACGCUCUGUAGCAUCUUAAUGCUGCGCGGAACUGCAGCUCAUCCUGAGGGCAACAAGGACAUCACCAUCGAUGCAGCCAUUCAAUCCAGUGCGCACAUUGAAAUUCCCGAGUCAGUUGCAGAGGAGUUGCUUAAGGCAGUGGUAGAAGCCUUCAACAAUAUGAAAAUUUCUGGAGAAUCCAGCGUUCAAAGUCACGUUUCCAUACCCGAAGAGAAACCUAAACUGCAAAGCCGCAGCCAACUCGCUACCUGUGAUUUGAUGGAUGCCACUGGUUGGUCCAAGACUUUAUGCGCUGCCCAUUGUAUUCUGUUGGGACACCGCGGUGGCUACUGCAACGGAAGGUCUAUCUGCGUAUGCCGCGAUUAAAUACAGUUGAGCGCCGGAUGUGUUGAAAACAAAAAAACAUUGAGGAAAAUUUU